UCCUUUCUAAUGCAGACACAAAACAAAAACCUCGUCUUUGAAUAAAUGUCACACACACAUAUAUAUAUAUUUCUUGGUUGUGUUCUUUGUUCUUCUUCUUACACAAAUCUUGUCUUUCUCAACUUAUGUGUAUAUAUAAGUAAUGGCUACUAUGGUUUUUUAGCUGCUUUUAUUUCUACUUCUUCAUUUGACAUCUUCGUAAAGAGUCUGAAAUUAGCUUGGUGAAGCUUAGCUAGCUGAAAAAUAAUCAAGAAAAGGUUUUAGUUAAUCACGGCGUAAAGGCAUCUUGAACAAGUGAAAAGGACCAACUCUAACUAGGAAAAGAAUUCAAAAAAAUGGGCGUACCAGAAUCGGAGAUGGUGUCACAAGGUGAGGUUGAAUCACCAUUGCAACCAGAUCAAAACCAGCACAAGAACUAUCAGUUCCCGUCCCUCGGUAGACAAGCAUCGAUCUACUCCCUCACUCUCGACGAAUUCCAACACACCCUAUGUGAAAGUGGCAAGAAUUUCGGGUCGAUGAAUAUGGAUGAAUUCCUUAACAGCAUUUGGACUGCUGAAGAAAACCAAGCCCACGCUCACGCGCACGCCCAUGCCCAUGCCGCGCACGGGCAUGGGCACGCGCAUUCUCAUGCUCAUAGCCAGGCACCAAGUACAGGGGAAGCCACUAGCACACCACAUUUUGCGAUAGGACAGAGCAAUGUUUCAUUGGAGAAAGCUAUUGCCAAGCAGCCAAGCUUGCCGAGACAGGGUUCUCUUACGCUUCCGGAACCUUUGUGUCGAAAAACUGUGGAUGAAGUUUGGUCAGAAAUUCAUAAGAGCCAAAAAGAGCAACAUCAGAAUAACGGGAGCAGUGUCCCGGACAUGGGUAAUUCCGCUCAACGACAGGUUACAUUUGGUGAAAUGACACUUGAGGAUUUCUUGGUGAAAGCAGGGGUAGUACGCGAACAGGAGAAUGCAACUGCCCCUGCACCUCCUCAACAGCAACCAUAUAUGAUGUAUCAAAACAGCAACAAUCCCACUAUGGCCACUAUGGCUCGACCUAUUAUUGGCUUAGGUGGAGUCACCUGCAGCGUUGGAGUUGGCAUUCCUAGCUAUCCACCACUUCCGCAGACCGGGGUGGUCGAGGCCCCAAUAUACCCGGUAAGUAUGAAAAGGGGUGCCGGAUUCCCACAACAGCCAACGGCUGUUUACGGCGGGAGAAUGGGGAAUGGUGGCGGGGUCGGGUAUGGGCAAGUACAAGGAGUGGCCGGGAUGGGAUCGCCACUAAGUCCAGUGUCGUCGGAUGGAAUAUGCGUUAAUCAAGUCGAUAGCGGGGGGCAAUAUGGGUUGGAAAUGGGAAUGAGAGGAGGAAGAAAACGCAUAAUAGACGGUCCGGUAGAGAAAGUGGUGGAAAGGAGGCAAAGGCGAAUGAUCAAGAAUAGAGAAUCAGCAGCAAGAUCAAGAGCAAGAAAGCAGGCUUACACAGUAGAACUUGAGGCAGAACUAAACCAGCUAAAAGAAGAGAAUGCACACCUAAAACAGGCCCUGGCGGAGCUCGAGAGGAAAAGGAAACAACAGCAGUACUUUGAUGAAAUGAAAAUGAAAGUGCAAACGAAAGCGCAAAAGGCGACAGACAAAUUGAGAGGUAUGAGGAGAAGUUUGAGUUGCCCUUGAUGUGUGGAUGAUCGAAGACAGAAGUAUCUCAUCGGUAGAUAUGAACACGAGAUAUAGUAGAAUGGCCGGCGAAGAGCAAAUAUCCGUUCUCUUUUGCUCGCGACAGAUCAAUCAAUGGCGUCAAGGUAAGGCGGAAAGGUACGUGCACACGGAGAAGCUUGCAAGACCAGAUGUUGUAGUCUUUUGACUUGCAAAUGUUUGAUUUUGAGCAGAUUUAGUACUGAGUAGUUAGUAGCUAAAUAUUGAGUGACUGUGUAGUUAGUGAGUUUUAAGCUUUCUUGAGUUACAGAUUAUGUAUACAAAUUCACUUGAGCUAAAACACAACUGUAACAAUCAAGAAGAGGUACUAUGGUAGAUAAGGCAACUACUACUAGUUUUAUUUAUUUGCGCGUUA